GCAACGCACGCACAACACUCGCAUAGCCAAAUAGAACGGGGCAGUCGAAUCGGUCGGUUUUGGCUUUAAAAGCGCCAGAGCUUAACUAAAGAAGUCACAUUCGAUUUUCGCUCUAAGCUCUUAAUUCGCUGCGACGGCUACACACACACACACACACACAUACACACACUCACAAACAUAUGUAUAGGAUGCCGUUGCACACUUAUGCAACGCUGGCGACAUCUGACGGCAUAAUUUGCCAUAAUUAAAACAGCACGAAUUUAAUAAUAAACCGCUAAGGCGAAAAAGUCAGCUAACGGCUUUAAAAGCAGCGACGGUGGCAGCGGCAGCGACAGCGACGAUGGCAGCGGCAAUGGCCAACAACAGCAACUCCUCGGCAACCGCAUCGCUGGCCACAACGCCGGCGACGACGCCAACGACGCUGACAACAGCAGCAACAACAGCCAAACGCAUGGGCUACACAACGCCAGCAGCGACGUCAGCAACGGCGUCAGCAUCGGCAUCUGCAUCGGCGUCAGCGUCAGCGCCGGCAACGGCGUCAGCGUCGGCGUCGUCAACGACAACGUCUUCGGUCAUCUGCAAGGAAGUCUUCGAUGAAGCCUGUUUACCAUCAUCCGAGGAGAUAAACGAUUAUGCGACAUUGAUUGGAAUCGAUCCGAGCAAGGAGCCCCAUUUGUUAUAUCUGGCCAAAGAGGGGCUUAUGGCCGCACUGCCCUCCGAGUGGAAGAUCUGCUAUUCGGAGGAAAAAGGCGGCCACUAUUAUCACAAUACGCGCACAAAGCAAUCGCAGUGGGAUCAUCCGUUGGACGCGGUCUAUCGGGACUUGGUCGAGCAGACGCGUCAGAAGCUAGCAACGGCAACUGGUGCUGUUGCUGCUGCUGGUGCUGCUGGUGGUGGUGGCGGCGGCGGUGGUGCCACACCCAUUAUUGAUAACUCGGACGAUGUGUCGCAGCUGGACUCGGGCAUACGUAGCAUGCAAGGAACGGACGAGCUGCUGGACGACAUGAGCUCACCCCUAAACAAUGGCAGCAGCCAGACGGUUGGAACGUCAGCUGCGACUAGUGGUGCUGGCGGUGCCGGUGGUGCCGGUGGUGCCGGUGGUGCCAAUGGUGCUGGUGGUGCCGGCAACUCUAAGACACAUACCACGACUGGUGGCGCAUCGGCUUUUCCGGGUCCGAGUGGGUUUAGCGGUGGAGUCAGUCGCUUCCUGGAGACGCGCGGCAAGAGCUUCGGGCCCAUCUUUCAGCCGGUGAAGAACACACGCUUCGAGGUGGCCAAAACGAACCAGCAAAUCAGUCUGGCCAUGAAAUUCGGCAGCAUGGAACCGUCCCAGCCGCCACAAGAGCAACAGCAACAGCAACAACAGCAACAACCGAGGAGAGGCUCGUUCCAGCUAUCCGGCACGGGCGCCAUGUUCCUCAAGUCACGCCGCCAGCUGGAGACAACGGAGGGCGGCAGCACUGCGUGUGGUGUGAAAGGCAUCCUGCGGGACUCCAGCUUGACGGACAUGCGCAGGCGCUACGAGCGUGAUGAGGAUGCAGUGGUGGUGGAGGACAAGAAGAGCGUGCGCUUCAAUCUGGUGGAGACCCAACGGAUUUGCACCUCGCCCACUGAGGAGGACAAUGCGCGCAAGCAGCAGCAAUCGCCCGAGCAGUCCAUGGAGGAGGAGGAAGCGGAGCAGGAGCAGGCCUCUGCGCAAGAGGUGGACCACGAGGAGGAGGAGGAGGAUGAUGAUGAGGACGAGGCGUUGGGGCACGGCAAUGCCGUUGCUGCGGCAGUGGCCGUCGAUAGCAACGAAGACGACGACGAUGACGACGAGGACGAUGACGACGAUGACGACGAUGAUGUUUGGGAUGAGGACUUGGCCGAUCCCGAUGCCAUGGUCGGCAUGUGCAGCCUGAACCCCUUCAUCAGUGACUCGAACAAGCCGAUACGGAUCAUCAGCCUGCCCAAGGCCCAGACCAUACAGAUGCUGAAGCAGGAUGUGGAGCAGACGAGCAGCUACUUGGACAAGCUGAAGGAGAGCUCGACGGCCACAGUGAAGCCGCUGUACGAGGACACCGACUCGGACUCCAAGGGCAGCUCGGUGCGCAGCUUCAUCAUCAAUAAGUCGGAGCAGGAGUCGCUGCACGGCAGCAAUCCGAGCAAUCCCUUUGACCUCGACGAGCUGCACAGCAAGCACAGCCACGAGCUGGAGCAGCUGCAGCGCAAAUCGGCGCAGACCCAGGCCCAGCUGGCCAGCGAGAAGCUCGGCCUGCGCAGCCUGAAGAUGGCCAGCAAGCUGGUGGGCCUGCUCAAGAACAAGGAGCACAGCAGCGAAAUGCUGAACGAGGCGGCCGCAUUGCAGCAGCUGCAGAAGGACAUGGAGGCAAUGAAGCGGGAGCACGAGGUGCGCCUGAAGAGCCUGAGGCAUGAGUACGAUCUCCGUCUGACGGCGCACCAGCAUCAGCUGGAGGAGGCGUUCCAGCUGCAGCUGGAGGAGUAUCGCGACCAGCUGGAGCAUCAGCUGCAAACGAAGCGCGCCCAGGUGGUCAGCGAGCACAAGACGCGCAUGGCCACGUUGCAGUCGAACCAUGCCGAGCUGCUGCACGAACUGGAGCGCGACCUGCGCUCCGAGCAGGAGCUGCUGCGGCGCGAGCAUGCCACCAAGCUGAGCCAAAUGCGGGACAAGCUCAACCACGAGCUGGAGCUGGAGAAGCAGCGAUUGCGCGACAACGGCGAGGAGCGCCUCUACGAGAAGGUGCGCUGCGAGAAGCGUCUGCUCGAGGACAAGUAUCGCUGCCUGAAGGAGAAGUACGUGCGGCUCAAGACCGAUGUGAAGCUGUCAUUGGAGCGACGCAGUCGCCGGCGUGAGGCGCAGGCCCAGGCCCAGGCGCAGGUCCAGGCGCAGCUGGAGCCGCACCUGCAGACGAACAACUCGGAGACUGAGCGUUCGCUGUCGCAGAAGCCGUCCAUUGGCAACAGCGAGAACCGUUCGCUCAGCUACUCCGAGCAGGCAACCACCACGGACGUCAAGCUGAAGCCGCCAGUGCCCCCAAAGAGCCACCUGGGCAAGCAGGCAGCCAGCGUCUGUCUGGCCAGCAAGUAUAUCAAGCAGCUGCAGCUGCAGGACGAUGCCAACACCUCGCUUAGCCAGUCGGACACAACGCUAUCGAACAACUACAGCAAGGGGCGGUAUCUGACGGCGCCAUCGACCACGUUGGUGCUCAGCGACAACGGCAACUCGGACUCGGAGGCACAGCAGCAGCAGCAGCAGCAGCAGCAGCAACAGCAGCAACAGCAGCAGCAGCAGGAGCACAAUAACAAUAACAAUAACAACAAAGCCUUAACGGUGCCUCGCAAGAAACUCUUCUCGCGCACCAAAUCCGCCUCAACAUCGCGUCUCAACUCCGACUACAACAAGCAGCAGCAGCAGCAACUGCAGCAGGUGGAACGUCCUUGCACGCCCGUUGAGAACCUGCGGCAUCAGCUGCAGAAGCUGGAGGAUCUGGAGGAUCAGUUCCCGGAGCACACGCUGGAUACCACAUACCACUUGCGGUACCCCUUCACGGACAUUGUGGCCAACGAGCAUGCGGCCGUGGUUGGCUCGGUGGUUGGGUCCGAGCUGGAGUUCUUCAAGCAUCGCAUACACCUGGAGCGGGACUCAGUGCGUCGGGCCAAGGAAUCGCUGCGCACGCAGCGCACCAAUUUCCGUGCACGCCAGCGCGAGAUCAAGCAGCGACACAAGAGCUUGACGAUGAGCGCGCCCAGGCACUCGCUCGAUCAGCUGAUUCAGGAGGAGAAGGAACUGACCGAAAUGGAAGUCAAUUUGCAUCGGACGCGCGCGCUGCUCGGCGAGAAGGUCAUCAGGCUGAGGCACCUGGAGCAGAGCCUGCUGCGCAUCUACGAGAAGGAGAAGCCGAGCCUGGAGCAGGAGCCCAAGGAUGAUGCCACCACGCUCAGUGAUCUCUCCUCCCACUCCAGUUCGGGCUUCAGCAGCACCGACUUUGCCAGCGGCGCGGACUUGCACAAGCGCAAGGAGUACUUUCAGCAGGAGUCGAACGAGUGCAUACAGAAUCUGGAGAUACUGAAUGCCGAGAUACGCGAAAUACUGGACAUCCUUGGCCAGAAGCAGCAGCUGCACCACCAGCAGCAGCAGCAGCUGCAGCAGCCGCCGCCGCCGCACCACCAUCAAUCGCAGUCGUCGCACGGCCUGGCCCUCACCAUGCCGCUGAUCUCGCCCAACGAGCUCAGCUGGUCGCAUAUGCUGAGCAGCCAGCAGUCCUCGUCGAUGGCCACGACGAUGGCCGGCACGGCCAGCGGCUCGAAUCAUAGCAUUAGCACCACCACCAGCGCUGCUGCAGCGGCCGCCGCCUCGGUCCAUGCACCACAGUCGAUACCGACCCUGGCCGAUCGCCUGGAGACGUACCGUCAGCUAGCAGCGGGCCGCAUGCACAGCUCGAUGGGCGGCGCCAUCCUGGCGGCCAACACCAUCGUGUCGCAGAGUCCACGGGCGGUCAACUACACCACCAGCCUGGUGGAGCGCACGCGCGACUUGCGCAACUGGCUGAGGCAGGCCAAGACUGAGCACGAGCUCCUCACGGGCAUGAAUGUGCAGCAUGGCCUGGCCAUGCAUACGAGCGGCUCGACGGUGGGUGGCAUCAGUGGCAUUGGGGGCAUCGGUGCGGCGGUGGGUGGCCAUUCAACGGCCGGUACUUCGCCCGUUUCCAGCAGUGGUGCAGUGGGUGGUUCGGUGGUUGCGACCGCCAAUUCAACCAAUUCAGCGGCCAGCGCAGCCCAAACUAAUUUCUAAGCGAUUCGGAUCCAUUAUGCAAAAUCUAGUCCAAAAUCUAGUCUAGUCGUAGGACAUUGCUAGCCGUAGUUAUACCCUAUAAAGAGUAGCUUUAUGUCUGUAUAUAGGAUUAGCAAGCUUAUUAUUAUUAUGAUUAUUAUUAUUAUGCCUAUUGUCUGCCUUUUACGAAGCCUAGCAUUGUUUUAACUUUUUUUGUCAACUGAGUUGCAGCUGCUAAGCAUACCCUAUAAUUCUCAAAUAAUUCAAAAUGUCUAGUUUAAGUCCAAUAUUUUUUGUUACAUGUGCGAAGUGUAGUGCUCCAAUUUUAGUGCAGGGUAUUUGCAAGUCGAGCAUUGCUUCUACUAGAAAAAGAUAUGAGAAAAUAUGUUUCUUUGAUAAUAAGUAUUUUAAUACUCUGCUGAAGUAUAUAUUUUGAUUAUAACGGGGUAUCUUCAAGUCAGGCAUACUCUGUAAUUAUGAAGAAGAAAUCAAAUAAUUGAAGUCAAAAUUGUUAAUUGUACUUAUUAAAGACUCUGAACUUCAAGUGUUUUAUGUUCAUUACAGGGUAACUGAUAGCCGAGCAUAUGCCGGUUUUUUAAGAAACAAAAAUAUUUACUCCAUUUAAGUUGAAUUACGAUAGCUGAAUCGUAGAAUCUACAUCCAAUGUGCAAUUUUAACUAUAGAGUAUCUGCUAGUCGAGCAAACCCUGUAAUUGUGAAGAAGAAUGUGUAAUACUCAAUUUAAGUGAAACAACCUAUUGUUAAUAUUAAAGAGAUACAGUCACAUGCUACAUGUAAUAUUACAGGGUAGCUACAAGUCAAGUAUACCCUGCUGAAUUAAAAAAAAAACUUUGAGUCGAAUCUUAUUAUUGUAAGCAUUGAAAAGUUACAGUUAUAUGCGCAAUAUUCAUUGCAGGGUAGCUACUAGUCGAGCAAUUUAUUUGUGUUUCAGUCACGCCUAAAUUCGGGGGCUUUAAAUUGUUGUGCCCCAACUAUUAGCUGCCAAUAAACCGAAAGAAACCGAUAAGAUAUAACCCUAAAAAUCCCCGAGCAAAAAGAGAAAUACAAUUGUACAAUUGUAUACAAUGAACCUAAAUCAAAAGAAAAAUCACAAAAUUCUAACUAAGUAAAUUAACUGCAAGUUAAUCUGACUGUCAUAGUUAAUCAACGCUCUGCUACACUGAGAGAAUAAAUUAAAAUAUCAGAUCUAUUGUUGCAAAUAUUUGAAACGUGCAAAUGUUUGGCCAACCAAUUCGCAUAGAGUUUUCAGGGUAUUCACAAUGCCCAAUUCAUAUAAAAUAUAUAUACAUACAUAGAUUGUUAAAAGA